CUUGCUGCAAGUUUGCGGCUGAAGAAAGUCUAUAUGUGUGUGUGCACGCAUAUACUUACAUAUACACACAGGGGAAUCUACGCGUAUCUAUAUAUAUAAUCGGCCGCAAUAAGAGAAAGCGUAUUGUGUAUACACAGCAGCAGCAGCAGCAGCGCAGCACCGAGCACGCACAGGGAGAGCUGUCAGUAUGUGACUCCGAAGCGUGAAAUUCUCUCUUUCUUUCUCUCCUAUCUGGCUCUUGUGUGUGUUCUUCGCGAAUUCGACCGACUGUUGUCCGUACUCCGUCUGUCUGCGUGCUGCUGCCUCGUUAUACAGCAGCGAGAACAGCCAACACCUCUUCUCUCUCACUCUCUCGUACAAAUACUCGAAUACAUCUUAAUAGACAAACAGCCGUGGCCAGCAGUGCUGCGUUCGGAAAUUAUCAUCGCCGUCGUAUCGCGCCUUCGUAUCUCUCUCUCUCUUCUUUGAUGUGUUGUGCUUUCACACGCGGCGUAUUAUCAUUACAAUAACUUUUGUGCUGCUGCUGCAUAUCGCUUGUGUUGUACAUUCGACGUCGACGACGACUGCUCGUGCUCUGCUGGCCGGAGGAGCAGCUCAGUUGUAUAUCGUGUCUUUCUCUGUCUGAGUCAGUGUGCUCGAAGUGCAGCAGUGGUGCGCGCGUGCGAAUUUGACGUUGCAACACAUUCUCUCCUUAUUGAGACUUAUUGAUGAAUAAGUCGACGCGACGACCCGUACACAUGCGUGAUACAUCGUCGUACGCAUCGUACGAGUGUAUACAUUAAAAAGAAAAAAAGAAAAAAUCGGAGGAGAACGAAGAAGAAGAUCAAGUGGACGAGAAGUGCCAAGUCUCUCUUGUGUGUUUAUCAAUUAAAAUUCCUGCGUCUCGCUGCUAUACUGCUGCUAGGCACUGGCAGUCUGCAAGAUCCAGAGAGAGAGAGAGAGAUAGAUAUAUAGACACUGUCAAGUGUAGUGUCCACGCAAGGGCGAAAGAGAGAGGAAGAAGCGCAUCGAGUGCAUGCUUUUCCACGCGACGACGACGACUAUAUAUUAAAUUAAUUGUGCAUCGAUCGUAGCUCAUCAUCAAUGAAAAUCAUCGUCUACGCCGAGCCGCGGAGCUGACAAGCCCCGCUUGGUUAAUAAUCAACGCGACGCAACGGCCUGCAGUGUGUCAGCUCCUCUGCACCUUGCCUGCUGCACAGUCACAGGCACACGCACACACAUUUGUUAUUGUUAUAUAUAUAUAUGGAAAGGAGGAUGCUCUCCAUGCUGCCCCUGCCGUAAUGCAGCUCGACGAUUCUCUCUGUACAUACGCUAAAGGCGAAUGAAUCCUCGUAUUUUAUGCACACACGACGAGGAACAAUAAAAACGCAAAGGGAUCUUCGACUCUCGGCAGGCCUGUGCUGCGCGCUGAAAUCGAUGCGAGCGGCGGUAGUGAUUCUCUUAUUCACGAGCGACUCGAUGAAAGGAAAGGAAAGAAAGGCAAGAGAGUAAUGUUUUAUGAGUGAAAAAAAAGAAGAAGUUACCGUCGCGACGAUGCGUUUUUCAGCGAAAACUAUAGCAGUCCCAUGGUGAAUCGGCGCGAACGCAAUGGAUAUAUUUUUCAUCGUUCAUUGAGGGUCAUCAAAGAGAGUAAAAAAAAAGAAAAACCCAGUCAUGGCGGACUUGGAGAUCGAGGCCGAGACGUCGGCCGCCUUCGGUCCCUCCGAGGGCGGCUCGUCGACGUCGUCGAGCGUCGAUCUGAAAAAGUCCAUCGACAACGACGCACGGCUCGUCGAAAAGACCACCACCACCUGUACGUCAGCGGCGGCGGCGGCCGUCGUCGACGCCGGAGAGAUGAGCGACGACGAGAGCAGUAGCAAUAGUGGCAGCGACGACGACGACGACGAGGACAUCGACGCGAAUCUGUACAUACCUUCGAAGACGCUGGGCGAGUCGGCCCGAGAGACGAUCGUCAACAAGACGAGGCCCGGCGCGGGCAGCAACGGCCUCAGCAACGGCGACGGCUCGUACUUCAAGGAGAACGUCGCGCCGAGUAAAACCAACGACAAGCCCAACAUAACUGUCGAGCCUUACGAAACGAAGCAGCAGCAGCAGCAGCAGCACUCGUCGUCGUCCUCGACGUGCAGUAGAAAUUAUUACUUCAUCGACGCGUCGAGUCUUCACGACGACGUGGACGACCUUCAGCCGCCAGCCAACGAGACGACCUCGUCGUCGUCGCCCUACGGCAGUCUGCCCUGGUACAACAGCAGCAGCGCUCGAACGAACGAUUCGACCAGCGAGCAGCAGCAGACGGCAGCGGCACAGCAACGACCAUCGACCAUCACGAACGAGGAUGGAUCGUCGUCAUCGAAAGCAACGAUAACGCCGAUAAUUUUAAACGAGGACGCUUCGGUCCAGAAACACAAAACGAUAACGACUACGACUACGACGACUACGACUACGACGACUUUGAACAAGGAGUCACUGGCGAUCGAGAUCAAGGAGGCGGACAGCGGCGAGAGCGGCCAGAUAUCGCCUUGUCCGGACAACACCAAGAUGCCCGCAGGAACGAUACAGAAACUGGCCAACGAGCUGUCGAGCCUCGGCAUCAAGAGCAACGACACGGCUCCGGUAGCAGUAGCCGCCGCCGCUCCGACGAUCCCCAUCAGGCGGGACAACACCUUCGAGCUCGACUCGGAAUUGUCCGGCGAGAGGCGACUGUCGAGCCUGAGCUCGAGGCUGCAGGGAAGCGACUACGAGCGACUGCAGGGCGAGCUCGUGUUCAAGAGCUCGAUCACGCAGUACUCGCAGCAUCAUCUCGAUGUGGCGGUCGUGCCGUUCCCGGUCGUCGUUGACGAUGUAGCAGCACCAUUGAAAGUAAUAGAUUCGUCGUCGUCCUCGCAGCCGCCGGCGAUGCUGCGCUGUCAGAGCGACAAGCAGCUGCCGACUGCUACGCACGCCUACACGGACAGUACGGAGGGCCCGUUCAGCAGUCUGCCGGUCACGGUGGUCGAGAAGCUGGAGAAAAAAUCGAACACCUCGUCGAGGAUCAUCAACGACUCGCCCAUAGUGUCGGGUGGCGUCUCGUGCGAGGACUUCAAGCAGCAGAUCAAGCAGCGACUGCAGUCGAGCGGCGGCCGCAAGAGCGAGUCGGCGCCGAUCGUGUCGGGCGGCGCCGUCGACCUGCCGCAGAAGAGUCCACCACCGCGCGGCGGCGGGUCAGCCGCCACGCAGGCUCGUCGAUCCGCGGCGACGGCCGCCUGGGUCGUCGACAUGAGCGAUUGCACCAGCCAGGCGACGACGAGCGCGCGCGGCAACAAAAAUCAAUCGCAAGGCCCGCCACCGCCGCCGUAUCAAUUGCAUCAACCACAGCAGCCCAACAGUUUCAAUUCCUUCAGGUCCGGGACGACGGGUCGCACCGAAUCGGGCACGACGAGCGGCAGCAGCAGCCUCGGCUACUUCGUGAACUUCGACAAUCUGAGUUCGGCUAGCUCGGCCGAGCAGCAGCAGCAUCAGCAGCGCCGCAAACCGAGCGACGCCGGCAGCUCCUGCUGCGAGUUCUACGUCGACCUGGGCUCGACGACGUCGGAUUCGAAGACGGCCACCGAGCUGGGCACGACGACCGAGAGCGGCGCCAGCAGUCAGCCCAGCAGCUCGGGGCCGGACAGCGGCCGGCGUAACAUGUUCUCCAUGUUCAUCGACAUCAACAACGACUCGAGAACGACGGAGACGACGACGACGAAGCCCCAGACGAAGCCUCGGCUGCGCGGCGUGGCCAAGUCCAACUCGUCCUCGCUGAUAUCCGAGCAGCUGAAGCAAGCGACGCGGGAGGAGGAGGAGGCGGCAGCCGAGGCUCCGAAACCGAAGCCGCGCGGCGGCGUCUUCAUGUUCAUCGAGUCGGACUCGCCGGUGGUGCGCAGACGCACCAUGUCGAGCUCGCGCACCCAACAAGCCUUCAAGCGCCACAGCUGGAAUUCGGACAAGAGCGGCCCCGAGGACGAGAGCCAGCUGCAGGCACUCAACGGCAGCGCUACUCAACAGCAGCAGCCACAGCCACAGCCACAACAGAAUACGAACAAAGCAGCGCCACCGACGACGACGACGACGACGCUGAGGCAGCACAAGCGAGCCCAGAGCCUGUCGGUGGAGCGGGGCGGCGAUCUGCGCAAAGCCCUGAUGAGCCACAAGCAGCUGCAGCAGGUGGCGGCCCGCGAGCAGGGCUCCUGCGAGGAGGACGAGGCCACCAGCCGUCGCGACACACCGCCCAACUCCUACGUGGAGCAGCUGCCGCGCGAGCUGCACGAGCGCCGUAGGCGCAAGGCCGUCAAGGACCUCGAGCCCGAGCUGCAGAAGAAGUGCGACAGCAGUACCUUCGAUCUCAUCAGUAACGGGGCGGCGAGCGAGGCCGACUGUCGGCAUCAUCGUCGUCAUAAUCAUCGUCGCGGCGAUCGCAGCUACUCGGCCGGCAACAGCAAUCUCAUGACGCUGGAUCUGCUGGCCGACACGGCGGAAUCUCAGCAGCAGCAGCAGCCGAUUCAACAAAAGGCCGAGGCCGGCAGCAGCUGCUUCACCACGUCCAACGACUCGAGCAUACCCGACCUGGUGGAUCCGGGCACGAGCGACUCGAGCCUGCCGUAUAAUAAUCAUCAUCAUCAUCAUCGUAAUCAUCACGCGGAGCAGGGCGGCGAGUUCAACAACAACAAUACGCCCGACGUCACGGUGCCGAAUCUCGAGGCCGACACCGACACCCUCGUGUCCGAGUCCAACUCCAGUCUGCAGAGCAGUACGGGCCAGUCCGUGCAGGAGAGCACGGGCGGCGGCACCGACUCGUCGUCCAUCAGCACGACCGGCGAGCAGCCCCUGUACAACAGGCUCGGCGAGGACCUCCUCAAGAUGUUCGUCGGCGAGGUCGACACCGACGUGACGAUAGACGUGGGCGGUCGCCACAUCAAGGCCCACAAGUGCAUACUCAGCUCGAGGUGUCAGUACUUCGCCGCCAUGCUCAGCGGCGGCUGGGUCGAGAACGCCGGCAACAUCAUUUCCCUGCAAGGGUACACCUACGACGUGGUGCACUUCGCGCUGUGUCACAUUUAUUGCGGUGAAAUUUGCAUCCCCGAGACAUUGAGCAUCGUCGAGUUGGCCACGUUGGCCGAUCUGCUCUGUCUGGAAGGUCUCAAGGAGUGCAUCGGCUACACUUUAAAAGUGCAAUAUUGUCACAACUUUCACAGGCCAUGCAACGGCUGCACGGUCGGAGUUUUGGAGUGCUUGCCGAUCGCCGCCGCUUACGGUUUGGACGAAGUUUACCGAAAGUCGCUCAGGUGGAUCACCAAACACUUCGUCCGUGUUUGGUCGAGCAAAGAAUUCGCUACAUUCCCCAAGGAACUUAUGAACAAAUGUUAUCAUCAACAUAUCGUGCACAUGAGUAUAGAAAACGUUUUGCAAACGAUUAUGGACUGUGAUCAACUGCUCACCAUACUACCGAACGUACGCUGGGCCGAGACUGUGUUCCUGCUGGCCUCGAAUCUGCUGGAUACGUCCAUGAAAUUCCUCACGGACAAUUUCCCCUCGAUCCUCAGCACCGACAGCUUUCUGAAUCUCGACCACGAGUUCACGUGGAACAUCGGCCGGCUGGAGAAGCAUCUGCUCGCGGCCGCCGAGCGACUGGCGCCCGAGCAGGCCUGCAAGGCCUACUCCAAGACCCACAAGAUGUUCAAGAUCGAGAACCGCUUCAACUGGAGCCCGAUCUUCGAGGACUUCAUGACCAAGAUACGCGUGCAGAUCGAGAAGUGUCUGAUACGCGACGCCGCGAGAGCCGCGAGGACCAACGCCUGGCUGAAGAUGGAUCUCGAGCUGCGCAGGUACAUACAGGAGAAGGCCUGCCUGGUAAUACUGCCCAAUACGGACUCUACAAGCAGCACGAGGUCCAUGUCGUCCGCCAAGCGAUCGUCCAGGCACUCGGACUUCAUGAAGGAGCCCAAGGAGUUCAAGCUGCUCAAGUGUCGCUCGCCGCCCGUACAGGCGGGCGUUGACUUUCGCAAGGUAAAGAUGGCCAUUUCCGAUUACAACGAUCGCACCCACAAGCAGGCCGCCCUACUGCAGACGAAAAAGGUCAUGAACAACAACAACAACAACAACAGCAACAAUAAUCACAAUCACAAUCAUCACAAGACCCCGAAGACCGAUCCGAUGCAGCGCAAGGCGACGACGCAGAGCGAGAAGAUCAUGAGCGAGUCGGCGGCGAGCUCGAGGCCGCGCUCCUGGCCGAACAAGCCGGAGAUCAAGUCGAGAUACCUGGAGCCGCGCGUGCGACCGACUCCCUCCGCAGCCAAAGAGCAACUGCUGACCACGUCGAAGCGCGACCAACAGCAGCAGCAAUUCGGAAUAGCGCCGAAGCAGCGUCAGAAGAUCAUCAUAUCGUCGUCGGACUCGUCGCGCACCUCCAGUCCGGCGAUGAAGCGAGCCGCCGAGAGAAAAUCCAUGAGGCUGUCGUCGUCGUCCCAGUCGAAGGUGCCGGUGCGCGUCGAGGGCAAGGCUCGCUCCUCGGACAAUCUGACGAGCGAGUCGAGCGGUGGCGCCGCCGCGGGCCGAGGCCAGGGCAACGCGAGAAAGGAUCAUCAUACGGCGGCGACCAGCAAGAGCUGCGGCAUCACUCGGCCCGAGUCGCCCAUGCUCGCCAGGUCGAAGAACAGCAGCAGCAGCAGCAACCACCUUCAGCACGAGGGAGGAGGAGUAAGGAAGCCGGUGCCGAAGGCGCGCGCGAAUCUCGGCCGGGCCGCAACCGCCGCCGCCGCCGAAGUGUCGACGUCGCAGGACAGCCUGACGAGCGCCACCUCCACGGCCAGCCGGCUGACCAGCAAGAACUCGCCGAUACUGGGCAAGGUGCAGGCGAAGGCGAGAUUAGCAGCGACCUCGUCGCCGCCAAACUCGCGUCGGAGCGUCACUGCGUCUGCGUCGAGCAAGCAGCGACCGGCGCGCUCGCUCGAGGCGCCCACCGCGGCCAGUCGCAAUCGAGCCGCCGCCGUGGCGAGCUCGUAUCAGGGCUCGCUGAAUCUGCGCAAGAGCCUGCUCGACGCGGCCAAAGCGCCCGAGGUCGUGACGACGACGAGGACGACCACGACGACGACGACGACCGUUCGACAGCAGAGCGUCAGGUCGGAUAAACGCGACGAAUCCAGCCCCCUGACCAAGAGAUCGGUUAUCGGUAAAACUCGACAACAGCAGCCGAUCAUCAGCAGAUCCAGUACCGCGCCGACGACGCGCCAGAAACCCAAGACGGAGGUGAGAUCACCGGCGAUGCAGCCGAAAUCUGCAUCCCGCAAGACGACGACGAGCGUCUGCCCCGCAGACAACACCACCGGAGCAGCAGCUGCUACUGGCGGCGGCAUCGGUGCACCCAAGUUCCUCAGCCAAAGUUCCAGAUCCGGCACCUUUCUCAAAGACGAGCCGACGAUUCUCAACAAAUCCGACAUGGACAAGGUCGCGAUCGAUCUCUAAGCCGAUCCUUCGAAGCUCGAAGUUUCCUGUUCCCAUCCCAAUUUGCAUUCCGACCCCAACGCACCACAUCGUUUAUAUAAUAUAUAUAAACACACACACACAAGUCCCCGCGACAUAAUUAACGUUUAGCCGAUAGAUUUAACGAUAAACAAAUGCCUAUGAGGAAGCUCUCUCUAUCUUUUUUUUCUCGUGACGCAUGUGAUGAUUACUAUAUACGAUACGUACAAUUGCAUUUUGACGCAAGGAAUUUAGUAUGGAAUCUGAUUAUACAUACGCGUAUUCGCGAUUUUGUAAUUGUAAUGAGAAAGGGGGAGCAUUUCUGACUGGGGAGUGAUAUUCGUACUGGUAAUUUGGUAAUCGAUUAUAGUAUAUUACCUUAUAAAGUAUAAGCGUAUUACAAGGUAAACUUCCUUUAGAUCGAUUAUAUCGAUAUCAUUGGAAUGUUUAAUCGGUUGAGUAAUCGAUUAAACGUAUAAGAGACUUCCUGGAUUACGAUUUCUAGGUGAUCGAAGCAUCUAUAUAGUACUCGAGCUCUCGUACGACGCGCGAAGCGUGCGUGAAAAUUUAGUAUGAUAUUAAAUAUAAUUAUUGCUGGUAUGCAUGCAAUCUGUGGCUGUUUUGAAAGCGAAAAAAUUCCAAAAAUAUUUACGUUAAUGAAAAAUUUUAAUCUGAAAAAAAAAAAUAAUAUUGUACGAAAAAUCUAUAUCUAUUACCAAUUAUUAAUGUUUAUUUGAAUUAAGUGCACGUGCAAUGUUCUUGUAAAUUGAUUUAGGUUCGAAACGUAAUAGCUUUAUAAGUACAUUGUAUCAUUAAUGUGUAAGGGCGAGAAGAAAGCUCGCGGGAUUCGGGAGCAUUAGAUAAUUUUUCGACGUUUAUGCCCUGCGAAAAAAAAAAAAAAAGAAGAAAAUGUGUUGAGCGCUCCUGAACACCCGCGAGCGUUGAAUUGUUGAAUGAUGAUGAAACCAUGAUUUUUUUUACGAUUAAUUUAAGAGCGAUAUACGAUUAUUUAGGGAAAAAUAUUUGCCAUUAGCUCAUAAAAAACAAAAAAAUUGAAUGAUACAUUUCAUGAUGCUUGCGUGUCCACGGCACGCACGCGUAAAGAAAUCUCCGAGAUAUACGUGUUACGAAACGAAAUGACAUAUACUUUAUUCAUUAUUUACAAAAAAAAAUUUCAUAUGUACAUUUUACAUACUCUGUAAGGAUUUAUAUGCAAUAUUUAUGUCUAGUCAUUUGCGGGUAAAUAUUGUACGUUUUCAAAUAUUUACUUUCUCAAUGAUCAAUGGAAUAUCUGUGCAAGUGUUAUAAGUAAUAAAAGAAAAAAAAAAACAAAA